AUGAACUGCAAGGCCGUAAUAAGUCAUAUUGAUUUGGAAGCAUCUGAGGGAGACGAUGACGAUGAUGAUAAUCAGACGUUAAUAGUACGGAACAUCAGUGAGGGAGACGAUGAUGAUGGUCAGACGUCACUAGACAAAUAUCCUCCAUUUCAGUACAGUACAUCAGUGAGGGAGACGAUGACGAUGAUGAUCAGACUACAGUACAUCAGUGAGGGGGACGAUGAUGAUGAUGAUCAGACGUCACUAGUACGGUACAUCAGUGAGGUGGACGAUGAUGAUGGUCAGACGUCACUAGUAGGGUACAUCAGUGAGGGGGAUGAUGAUGAUGGUCAGACGUCACUAGGUAAAUAUCCUCCAGUUUCAGUACGGUACAUCAGUGAGGGGGACGAUGAUGAGGAUGAUCAGACGUCACUAGUACGGUACAUCAGUGAGGUGGACGAUGAUGAUGGUCAGACGUCACUAGUAGGGUACAUCAGUGAGGGGGAUGAUGAUGAUGGUCAGACGUCACUAGGUAAAUAUCCUCCAGUUUCAGUACGGUACAUCAGUGAGGGGGACGAUGAUGAGGAUGAUCAGACGUCACUAGUACAGUACAUCAGUGAGGUGGACGAUGAUGAUGAUGAUCAGACGUCACUAGGUAAAUAUCCUCCAGUUUCAGUACAGUACAUCAGUGAGGGAGACGAUAAUGAUGAUCAGACGUCACUUGGUAAAUAUCCUCCAGUUUCAGUACGGUACAUCAGUGAGGGAGACGAUAAUGAUAAUCAGACGUUAAUAGGUAAAUAUCCUCCAGUUUCAGUACAGUACAUCAGUGAGGAAGACGAUGUUGAUGAUCAGACGUCACUAGUACGGAACAUCAGUGAGGGAGAUGAAGAUGAUGAGCAGACGUCACUAGGUAAAUAUCCUCCAGUUUCAGUACGGUACAUCAGUGAGGGGGACGAUGAUGAUGAUGAUCAGACGUCACUAGUACAGUACAUCAGUGAGGGAGACGAUGAUGAUGAGCAGACGUCACUAGGUAAAUAUCCUCCAGUUUCAGUACGGAACAUCAGUGAGGGAGACGAUGAUGAGCAGACGUUAAUAGUACGGAACAUCAGUGAGGAAGACGAUGUUGAUGAUCAGACGUCACUAGGUAAAUAUCCUCCAGUUUCAGUACGGUACAUCAGUGAUGGGGACGACGAGGAUGAUCAGACGUCAUUAGUACGGUACAUCAGUGAGGGGGACGAUGAUGAUGAUGAUCAGACGUCACUAGUACAGUACAUCAGUGAGGGAGACGAUGAUGAUGAGCAGACGUCACUAGGUAAAUAUCCUCCAGUUUCAGUACGGAACAUCAGUGAGGGAGACGAUGAUGAGCAGACGUUAAUAGUACGGAACAUCAGUGAGGAAGACGAUGUUGAUGAUCAGACGUCACUAGGUAAAUAUCCUCCAGUUUCAGUACGGUACAUCAGUGAUGGGGACGACGAGGAUGAUCAGACGUCAUUAGUACGGUACAUCAGUGAGGUGGACGAUGAUGAUGAUCAGACGUCACUAGAUAAAUAUCCUCCAUUUCAGUACGGUACAUCAGUGAGGGAGACGAUGAUGAUGAGACGUCACUAG